AUGGAGCCGGGGACGCACAGAGCCUGGGUGCCGCUCAGCACCCUGGAAACGGAUUUCCCUCUGCCGCUGUGCAGCCAGCAGUACGUGACGCUGCGGGGGCCGCGCUGCGCGCAGGUGCUGAGGCAGGCGGUGCGCUGGAAGAUGGCCCCCAUGGGCAGGGAUGCGGCGGGGCAGAGCUGGGCGACGGAGCCGAGCUGCCGCGGGGCAGAGGACGCCGGCGACGGCCUCACCCGUAGCGCGGCCUGGCAGCGCUGGCAGCGCUCACACGGCGCUCCUGAACUGGACCCGCUGCCCCCUGUCUAUGACCAGCAUCUGCGGGAGGUUGCCUGCUGGGACCCCACUGUCCCUGCUGCCUACCCGGGGCCUGGCACGCGCUGGGGAGCCUUCCUGUGGCAGGAGUGCCCCGUCCUGGGCAAGGAGUACGUGGCCACCCGCAGCCAGGGCACUGCGGCGCCAGGGGGCAGCUCAGGCUACGUCCCUUUGCUGUCCUUCUGCAGCCCCCAAACCACCACGCGGGAUGUCUGCAGCUGGAGCCUCCUGCAGCACCAGCCCUCAGCCCCCCCCAGCUAACAGUGCUGCGACGGGGGGGGUGAGGGGAGGGCGAAGCCUCUGUGCGCAGCCCAAGGAACAGAGGCACAGUCAGCGUUGUGGUGGGGGACCCUCUACCCCCGAUGUCCCGUGCAGCACAGCUAGCACCACGUCAGCUCUUUAUUAAUAAAAAUAGUUCCGUCUCCCUGUGCCCACCAGGCCCCGCUGUGCCCGCAUCCCUGGAGGUGGCUGCCUCCCACGGUGGGGGCCUGGCUCUG